AUGGCGGAAAACUCGGAGUUAGCAAAACUUAAGCUAAGGAGAAGACUAACUAAAGCUAGUAUUACGCGAAUAGAAACUUUUUUAAAGACAAUGAAUAGAAAUACAGUUGAUAUUGAUGAAUUGAGACUCAAAUUAGCUAAAUUAGAAGAACUUUGGCAAACAUUACUAGACGUUCAAAUAGAAAUAACUGUUUGUGACAAUGAGGUUACAGAAGAACAAACUAAUGCCGAGAUCGUUAGAAACGAAGAAAAAUAUAUGAAUUUAAAAUUACUCGGUGAGCGAGUAAUUAAAGAGCGAGUAAUGCCAGCUGUAGUUAUUUAUAAUCCUGACCAGGCAGUUGUGGCUACAAAUAAUUCACAAAGAGUAGAUAAUAAUUCAAUCAGAUUACCAAAAAUUGACUUACCUACAUUUUCAGGGGCGUACGAGGAGUGGCACCCGUUUUUUGAUGUUUUCAACUCGCUUAUACAUUCCAAUAAUUCUUUGAAAGAUAUUCAGAAAUUUCAUUACCUCAAAUCGUCGUUAAAGAGUGACGCUGCAGAAACUAUAGCCUCAUUAGAAAUUUCGGAUAUUAACUAUGCCGAUGCCUGGUCAAGAUUAAGAGAACGAUAUGAGAAUGAACGCUUAGCAGUUCAGAAUCACAUAAAGGCGAUAUUUGAUUUACCAACGUUAAGAAGAGAAAACGCCGCCAUCUUAAGAAAUAUAUUAGAUUCUACAUUAAAACACACAAGAGCAUUACAAGCUUUAAAACAGCCUAUUGCCCAGUGGGAUGACUUACUGAUCCACAUAAUAAGUAGUAAACUCGAUUUUUUAACUAUUAAAGAAUGGGAAAACAGUCUGGAAUCCAAAGGAAUACCUAAAUUUACAGAAUUCGUCGAGUUUUUGACAAAAAGGUGUCAAACUCUAAAAGCAGUAGCUAGAAGAACUCAAUUUAAUUCAAAUUUAAAUUUACGUCAAAAUUUCAAUACUAAAGUAACAACAUCCCACGCGGCGGUAGUCAACAUCAAAUGUAUACACUGUAAAGGUGAUCAUUUAAUUUAUCAAUGUCCAUCCUUCAAAGAACUUUCAGUAGCAAAUCGCCUAAGCAAAAUAAAAUCCAUGAAUCUGUGUUUGAAUUGUUUUAAGGGUAGACACUUAGCUAAAGACUGUACGUCCGGUCGUUGUAAAAGGUGUUCGAAAAACCAUAGCAUGUUGUUGUCACACUCCUUCGAAGGGCAUUAA